AUAUUAUAAUAUUAUUUUAUAGUUUGGGAUUGGACGAUUGUUGUAUACUGUAUAGUCUGCUCUAAACUAUCUACUGGAACUUUACUGUUGAUUUAAAUAUUUUUUUUGUGAAUUUAUUGACAUUUAAAUUCAUUAGUGAACGCUUAACAAAUUAGAAAUGGCUGCAGUUGAAUCACUUGUAAAAGUCGAAGAAAAACCUGUCAACAGAGAAAAAACUUGCCCAUUAUUGUUAAGGGUAUUCUGUGCAAUGGGACAUCAUAAUAAUUUAUCGGAAUACUAUCGCGGCGCUGUGCCUGGGAAUGAACUUCAAAUAUAUACAUGGAUGGACGCUACUCUACGUGAAUUGACUGGCCUGAUUAAAGAGGUAAACAUUGAGUCUCGAGUCCGUGGAACAACAUUUGAUUUUGUUCUAGUAUCACCAGAAUAUAAUUGCCCAAGGUUCAAUGCAUUUGAAAUCGGCCUUACUGUUGCUGGAAAUAGAUCUCCAGAUGAUUCAAAAACAUUAGGGAACACAAGAUUUUCUAUUGGUGAUUAUUUAGAUGUUUGCAUAACUCCUCCAGAGCGUUUUAUGAGAAGACCAGCACCAAUGCGUUACCUUAAGAAAAAAAAACCUUUCACUCAUUGAACAAUAAUUUGGUAUCCUGUAUCUACAAUAAGAAACCAUCUCAGCUCAGAAAAAAUGCCAUGUUCAAUUAAAGUCAAUAAUAUUUAGAAUACAAGAAUUGAAUUGGUCUGCAAAAUACUAAUUUCCAUAUGAAACAAUCUGUUUAUUAUUUAUCAUAAUGUAAAACUAUUAAAAUGUACUUAAAUGUACUAAAAAUUAUAAUAUACAUUAGCCUAUUCAGUGUGUAGUAUAGUAAUAUCUAUAUUUGACAGAUUGAAUCAUUUUUCGUACAAAAAAGUUUGUAAUUUGUAAUUUUUUUUAAAUUCGUAUUAUAAGUAAAUAUAUAAAAAAUUUUAAGUAAUAAAUGCGCUGAUUGAUGUUUAACAAGUAA